AUGUUUAGCGAUCCUUUAUUAUAUGUAGCUGGAACAGCAACACACCUGCAAUCAUCUCACAGCCACCCACAUAAACCUCAAGCAGUUUCUAUACUUCUCGUUCCAGUUUCUCUCUCUAUUGCCAGGUGUGCAUUACAAUGUUCUUUUCUCUAUUUAAGUCAUAAUGUUCUGAUUUUCAUGCCAAAUACGGAAAGAUAUCUUAACGAGAUCAAUUUUGAAGUAUCAAGAAGAAAAAUACUUUAA